AUGGCUACUAAUAAUGAAGAUCAACCGCAAUGGUAUAACGUUACUUGUGGUACAUGUACAUACACAUUACCUGUACGAUAUCAGGAUACAGUUCCUAUUGGGCAGGGUGCUUUUGGUGCAGUGAUUCGUGCUACAGAUAAAAAAACAGGUCGGCGUGUAGCUAUUAAAAAACUGCUUCGCCCAUUUCUAACUAAAACUCAUGCCAAACGAAGUUACCGAGAAGUUAAAGUACUCAUCGAUCUGAAUCAUCCUAACAAACAGAUUGUGCAAUUGUACGAUGUAUUUACACCGGACGAACGCCUUCAAGAUUUUCAAACAUUAUAUUUUGUCUUUAACUAUAUUCCCUAUAACAUGGAUCGAGUUAUCAAACGGGGGUUACCAGUAUCAGAUCCUCAUACUAAACUAAUCAUGUAUUCAGUUUUACGUGGUUUGAAGUAUAUACAUUCAGCUGGUAUUCUUCAUCGUGACCUUAAACCAGAAAAUGUUGGAAUUGAUAACGAUUCUAAUGUUACCAUUCUUGAUUUCGGUUUGGCCCGUACUGCGUCAGAUGGCAUUCAAACAGGUUAUGUUUCUACUAGGUGGUGGCGUGCACCAGAAGUGUAUGUGAAUUGGGAACGCUACGAUGAAAAAUUGGAUAUGUGGUCUAUAGGUUGCAUGAUGGCCGAACUAAUACUGCUCAGACCAAUUUUUCGUGGAAAGGAUCAUAUUGAUCAGUUAAACAAAAUAUUUGACAUAAUCGGUACACCGAAUUUGGAAACAUUACAUGAACUAUGCACCGCACACACGUAUAGUUAUAUUAGUAGAUUGGCACCGAAACCAAAACAGAAUUUUAAUCAAUUGUUUGGUUUUAAAUACGAUGUAACAGGCGAGAAAAUUAUAUCGGGUGUUUCACCACAAGGCGUUGAUUUACUUGAUCGUCUUCUAUCGUUUGAUCCUCGUCUCCGACCAACCGCCGAAGAAGCCCUGGCUCACCCAUAUUUGGCUGAAUAUCAUGAUCCAGAGGAUGAACCGACUACAACACGUCUGGUUGACAAUUAUCAAGAUGCAGAUCUUAGCAUAUUAGAAUGGAAAACUCUUAUUUGGCAAAUGAUUCAAGAAUUCGUUCCACCAUCUUGGAUUAACGAAGAUGUUAAUCGCACUUCGUGA